AUGUCCGACAGAGCACGCAACCACCGGUCACACCUCCUCCCGCUAGCCCCGCCGCCAAAGCACCAGCAGCCGCGCCGUCAGGAUGCAGCCACAGCGGCACCACCAGCCAUCCCCGCCGCCGCAUCCAGGAAAGGGCACAGCGCUCAGAUUUGGCCACCUGCCCCGGCCGACCGCGACCACCCCACCACGCGCCAAGGCCACCCCAAUGACACCGGCCACAACCAGCCGCCCGCCGAGGACCGCCGCUGCACCCUGCCGCCGGACCUCGCAGAUCGGCGCGCGCCGCCGCGCAGCCGCCACACCAAGCGAAGGGGGAAGGAGAAGAAAGGAGGGCGCCCAGGGAGAGGCCCCGCCGCCGCCCUCACUAGCGCCCGCCCGGGCUUCACCGGCGGAGCGCCUCCGGCAGCGGCGAGACGAGUAGGGGAGAGGAGAAGGCCCGGCGGCGCGCGAGGGGAGUUGCCCCCCGAGUCACCAGAGGAGGGCGACGCGGGGGUGGGAGUUAUUUUCUCCAGUGGCUGUUUUUAUUCGUUGGAACCAUUCUAA